AUGUCAAGUCCAAACGAUAGCUUAUCUAAUAACUACAGUUCUUCACCUAGCAAACAGAACCGUCUAUCCCAUUUACGGAAAGACGAUUUCGAGGACGCCAGCGACGAGUACAAGGCAGAGUUGCUAAGAAAGCACUUGGUUUCAAAGGAGGAGAGGAAUAAAUCAAACUCAAACUCACACUCACCCUAUCAGAAUAGUCAGCCUGACAAUAACAACACGUCCACAGACGAUAUAGAAGAGCCAGAGGAGGAGUUCUCUGCACCUUUAGACGUCCCAGGCGCUGAUAUCACUCAUCAUUUAUACGCAUGGGAGAGACAACAUAGAAAUUCAACUUCUACACGCCCUAGGAGCAUGUCUUUUUCGAACGUGCAAUCUGCUAUAGAGUCACAAUCUGAGACUGAAAUCGACCAUUCUUUGGGAUAUUUACGUCAUCCUGGCGGAUUUAGACGACACCAUAUAGUGAACAAAGCAAGAGAGAGAGGUGAUGAAGAGCCUGAAAUUGCUAGUACAACAUUUGUUGAUUACCUGCUCCUCUUUGGUCAUUUCGCUGGUGAAGAGUUAGAGGAAAUUGAAGAGUUGAGCGAGGAGGAUAGAGACGAGGCUGUCAGAGGUCGCAGUGAGCGUGAUUCUCUUUUACCUAAACCAAUACCAGUAAGGAGGAGGUCAACUUCAACUGCAAGGCGUGGUACAGCUAGUAUCACCCAGGCUGUUUUGAUGCUCUUAAAGUCCUUCAUAGGUACUGGUAUACUCUUCCUUGGUCGCGCUUUCUUAAAUGGUGGUCUUUACUUUUCGACCGCGGUAAUUAUUAUUAUCGCACUCCUGAAUAUGUGGGCAUAUAUAUUGCUUAUACACACCAGUUACAAAAUACCUGGCUCAUUUGGAGACAUCGGUGGUAUACUAUAUGGUAACAAAAUGAGAUUAGCUAUAUUGGCUUCAAUAACAAUUUCACAAAUGGGUUUCGUAUCAGCAUACACCGUAUUCGUUGCUGAAAACCUCCGAGCUUUCGUUAUAGCAGUUAGCGAAAGUAAUCUCAAUCUACCAACGAUGCUCUUCAUUGUGAUGCAAAUACCUAUCCUUACGCCAUUAGCAUUAUAUAGAAACUUAACAAAAUUAUCGUUGACUGCUCUUAUAGCAGAUGCGUUCAUUUUGAUUGGGAUAGUUUACUUAUUUGGACAAGAAUCAGCAGUUUUAUUAGAAAAGGGUAUUGCGAAGGAUGUCGUUUUAUUCAAUUCUAAAUCUUAUCCAUUAUUCAUGGGUACAGCUGUAUUCGCCUUUGAAGGUAUAGGAUUGAUAAUACCAGUUAUGGAAUCAAUGAAAGAACCAAAGAAAUUUCCAUACGUUUUAUCAGGUGUUAUGGUAGUACUUACAAGUUUAUUCGCAGGUUCUGGAUUUUUAGGUUAUGCUGCCUUCGGUAGUCAGAUAAAAACGGUCGUCAUUUCUAACCUCCCACAAGACGACAAAUUCGUACAAAUAGUUCAAUUCCUCUACUCUAUCGCUAUAUUACUGAGUAUACCCCUGCAAUUAUUCCCAGCUGUUAGAAUUAUGGAAGCUGGUUUGUUUGUUAGAUCAGGUAAAUUCAGUAACAAAGUAAAGUGGAAGAAGAACUUGUUUAGACUACUUAUAGUCUUUAUUUGCAUAGUCGUUAGUAUACUUGGUGCAAAUGAUUUGGAUAAGUUUGUUUCAUUAAUUGGAUCUUUGGCUUGCGUACCGCUUUGUUUCAUUUAUCCACCUUUAUUACAUCUUAAAGCAUGCGCAAGAUCAACAUACGUUAAGGCUGCUGAUAUCGCUAUGUUGAUAUUUGGCGUUCUCCUCGUCGUUUUCACUACUACACUCACGAUUGCUUCAAUAUUAGCUGAAGCCUGA